AUGAAACGUAAAUUUUUGGUCAUUUAAACGCACUGAAAUGUACACACUUUUGCAUGGGUUGUACAAGUAUCUUGUGCAAAAGGAUGAAUAUUUUAUAUUAAUACUGGGCCUCGACAAUGCAGGGAAAACGACCUACUUGGAAGCAGCGAAAACGAAGUUUACGAAAAAUUACAAGGGUAUGAAUCCUAGUAAAAUCACAACGACCGUUGGCUUAAACAUUGGAAAAAUCGACAUAGCUGGCGUACGUUUCAAUUUUUGGGAUCUUGGCGGACAAGAAGAAUUACGAUCACUGUGGGAUAAAUAUUACGCUGAAUCUCAUGCCGUGAUUUACAUAGUUGAUUCGUCGGACCGUGAAAAAAUACCUGAGUCCAAAGAAACUUUUGAUAGAGUUAUAUCUUCGGAACAUCUAAUAGGUGUACCACUCUUAGUUCUAGCAAAUAAACAGGAUGUGCCUGAUUGUAUGGGCGUUAGAGAAGUGAAGCCAAUUUUUAAUCAGAAUGCACAUUUGAUAGGUCGAAGGGAUUGCAUGGUUAUGCCUGUUUCUGCCUUAAAUGGGGAUGGCGUAGAUGAAGGAAUUCACUGGCUCGUGGAUUGCGUUAAGAGAAACAACGAUAUUCGCCCCCCACGGAAUCAGAAUGAUAAUUAUCUGUCUUAACAACACAUUCCUAUUUCGUUUUAUAAAUAUAGAUUAAUCUUCGAACAGUAUUUUAAUGUAAAAAUUGUGUACAUUUACAUUAGGAGCUACAUUUUUAUCAAUAAACUUUGUUUCGUAAUUUGUAUUUCCCUAA